AAAUAUGAUGUGGGCGUGACUCUCUCCACGUGUAAAUCUCUAUGAAGACUGUUUUGUGGCUGAGAUCACUUCUGUGUUGGAGAAUGAACGGAUCACAGGCUCAGUCCACAGUGGCCGGGUGUAAUGGUGACACUCAUAUCCUGAAGUCUGACCGACACGGUCAAAUGAGAGUGUACGACGCCGUUGAUGGGUAUAGACUCAGAGCAGACGUUGUUUGCUUCAGGGAUACUCGGAAAGAAGAAAUGCUGUUGGUGACUGCUAAGAGCCUGGACGUGUGGACGAUCCCGGGUGGAGGGUACGAACCUGGGGAGACGUUUGAAGAGACUGCACUCAGAGAGGCUAAUGAAGAGGCAGGGGUGGAGGGGACGAUACUGGAGUACUUAGGAACAUUCGAUUAUUCUGUCAAAAAAACAAGAACGAAAUUGUUUACUAUGGUGGUGACUAAAGAGUUGGAUAAAUGGCAGGACAUGGAGAAAUGUAAUAGACAGAGGAGGUGGUUCUCAAGAGAGGAGGCAGUUGCCAAUAUACGAGUGGGAAAGCCAUGGAAGACUGCAUGGGUGCUGCUAGCAUUAGAGAACCUCCAUAGUGACAUUUAAUAUUAUUUAUUUCACACAACAUUUUCCAGUGUAUAAAUCUUUUCUGGCACUUUACUGUA